CAUGUUUCUAUUAAAAAAACCUUAUCUUGAAGAAUUGAAAAAGGAACAGAGUAAAUUGUCUGUUUUACUUAAUAACAUUCAUAUUGGGAUCACACAAAAAAUAUCAAAUAAUUACACACGUGCAUGAACAUGCUUACUAGUUAGGUUAUCGUUGUACAUAAAUGUAAUAAAAUACAUUUUAAUCAUUAUUAAGUUUAUAAUUAUCUUUCUGAUUAUUUCAAAAAAAACACUGAUGUUUGUUUUAAUUUAAACCGCUUUGAAAAUAGCAAUAUAUAUGAUACAAUUAGAACUCGCUAAUUGCAUUUAUAUCAUAUGUCUACAAAAAAAAGAUAGAUUUUGUUUAUUAGAAAGACAUUUUGUAACACGACUAAUGUCUGCGUAUUUUGUCAUGUUUGUUAUUUUAUACAAUGUGGAUAAACUGACUUUUUCUCAUAUUUAUGUGAACAACUCGGAUUUUUUGUAUUCAAUUGAAAAAGGAGACUUGCAAUUGGCGAGGUUUGAAUGUAUUUGACUUCGUCACAUGGCAGCUCGCAUAUCUGUCAAGUCAGAAACGUAAACAAACACGGACAACCGCCCGUAAAGAUUGUGUGCAGAAUAAUCGUUAAAUUUUAUGUGAAAACUCGGGAAAAGGAAAAACAUCAUUUCAUCCCGAAAUUUGGCAACAUUCGUCCGAGUAUGAUCGAGCAGCUGUGUGUGUGUAUGCCGACGAAAUACGACGCCGUUUCUACAACAAUCACUAAAGCCGGCUGUGAUCGUGAUCGGCACAUUCUCAACUGGACCAACACACCGGUCGUUGUGUAUCUUCAAGCAAACCAACGUUGCCAUACACCACAAAAUAGCAUGGAAAGGAAAGUAUUAUAAAGUAAUGUCAUAUUUGAAAGCAUUCUAAUCUUUCAUUGUUAUUUUUCCACUGCAAACAGGACAUUGGAUCACCGCAUCGACAAGUGGUUUUUAUGUGCAAGUGUUGUUAAGAAGUGUGUUGUACGAUGUAUUACGUGUUUUACUUUAUUUGUAUCGCUUUGCAAGUGGUACAAUUAGUGCGUUUAAUAGUUGUAAUACAGCUAACAUAAGAUUUACCCGAGCAUUAGAAGCGGCAACAAUACAUGUGCCUGAGGCAGAGACAACAACGCCGUCGGCAUCCGUUGAUACCAUCCAAAGUGAUGGUUGAAAUCGUAUUUAAACGUGUAAAACCAUGUAUUGGGGCAUGUAAGUAUUGAAUAAUAGCUAAAUAAAAUACAUUUUAUCGUUGUACUGGACAAUGUGCAUCGAAAUUUUAAAAAAGUGUGUGUGUUUUUGUUUACAUCCGAAUACAGAACCCACAACGCUAUACUGUGGUUCGAGCACUCGCUAAGUAACGCUUGAGCUUUGAGCUUUCAUUGAGCUUACAUAGAAUGUUACACGCUACCUGCUCAUAACACUGCUAUCGAGCAGUGUUAUGAGCAGGUAGCGAGCAGUAACGCCUCCAUACAAAAAUCGCGAAACGUAACGCUCCAAUGCUAUUUGGGAAGUGUACCUUUCACUCUUCUCUCAGUAAACGUGGAAGAGCAGCUUAAGCUAGUUGAAGAAGAGAAACGUUUAAGAGAACGCGUAAUAAAAGAGAAGCGAGAGCUGAAACGCCGCGAGAAUGCAGAGUUAGCUCGCCAACUAGAGGAAAAUAGAAAGUUCCCAAGCGGCAUCGCUGAGAGAGAAUUGAGCUUUUCCCGUUGUUUCCCCCCCUGACAUACCCACGAACGGUGUGUUUGUUUCUACGCGAUGCGUUAUUCUCUGUUGUUGUUGUUGCUUUUAACACUGUUACCACAAGAGCUUGAAGCAAGAAGCGUUUCACACCAUCACCGUCUCACCCAGACUUUGGUGUUGUGAUGCGUUUAUUUGUACCCCCGCCCCUAUGUUCUUCUUACCCGUACCGCGCACCCCAUACAUUCUGACUUAGAAUUAAAAGCAAAGCGAAAUGGUCUAACUGAAUUUGGAAAAGAUGAGUGAUGGAUAUUUCAUUACGAUUCAGAUCACAUAUUUUAUAACAAAAUUAACAGAAACUUGUACUAAAAUUUGAUGGAAAAAUUAAAGGU